CUCAUCAUCUUUAUGCAUCUAUCCAUGGAGCUUGAACCUUCUUGGAGGUUGAGGCCCUUUGAAGAAAACCCACUCUUCUUCUUCUUCUUCAUCACUGCCUUUUUCCUUCUUCUCCUCUUUUAUCUCUUGAGGAUAAAGCUAUGGUGUGAUUGCCAUGUCUGCAAUGCAUACAUCAACUCAACCUGGAAAUCCCACUUCACCAAUUUGGCCGACUGGUACACUCAUCUUCUCCGAUCGUCUCCCACCGGAACCAUUCACAUCCAUGUUCUCCGAAACAUCGUCACCGCUAACCCGGAUAAUGUCGAGUAUAUGCUGAAGACCCGGUUCGAUAAUUUCCCGAAAGGGAAGGCGUUUUCCGCCAUCUUGGGUGAUUUUCUGGGCCGCGGGAUUUUCAACGUCGACGGCGAUUCAUGGCUGUUCCAGCGGAAGAUGGCCAGCCACCAGCUGGGGAGCUCGUCGAUACGCUCGUAUGCGUUUCACGUGGUUCAAUCAGAGAUCGACCGCCGCCUUCUGCCGCUCCUGGCGUCGAAUGACGGCGCCGUUCUUGACUUACAGGACGUUUUCCGGCGAUUCGCGUUUGAUAGCAUCUGUAGAUUCUCCUUUGGGUUGGACCCCAAGUGCCUGGAGUCUCUGCUGGCUAUGCCGGAAUUCGCGGCCUCGUUCGACUCGGCUUCCAAGCUGACUGCGGAGCGGGCCAUGGCGGCGGCGCCGAUCGUGUGGAAGCUGAAGAGGAUUUUGAACAUCGGCGGCGAGAAGGAACUGAAAAAGGCUAUUGAGACGAUCAAUGUAUUAGCGACGGAAGUGAUCCGUCAAAAGCGAAAACUGGGCUUCUCCAAUCACAAAGAUCUUCUCUCGAGAUUCAUGGGCAGCAUUAGCGACGAAAUCUACCUGAGAGACAUCGUGAUCAGCUUUCUCCUCGCCGGCCGCGACACGGUGGCGGCCGCCCUCACCAGCUUCUUCUGGCUGGCGGCGAACCACCCGGAGGUUCCCGACGUCAUUCUCGCGGAAGCCGAUUCCGUCCUGGGACCGAAUAAAAACCCCACCAAGUGCGAACACCUCGGAGAUCUUCAUUACCUUCAAGCGGCGGUGUACGAAAGCAUGAGACUCUUCCCGCCCAUUCAAUUCGACUCCAAGUUCUGCCUGGAAGACGACGUCUUGCCGGACGGGACGGUGGUGAAGAAGGGGACGAGGGUGACAUAUCACCCAUAUGCGAUGGGGAGAAUGGAGGAGAUAUGGGGUUCAGAUUGCUUGGAGUUCAAGCCAGAGAGGUGGCUUAACAAUGGCGUUUUCUUCCAGGAAAAUCCUUUCAAGUACCCGGUUUUUCAAGGCGGACUCAGAGUGUGUCUGGGAAAAGAAAUGGCGGUUCUGGAGGUGAGGACGGUGGUUCUCUCGCUUCUUCGCCGCAUUCGUAUCGAAUUGGCUCAGCCUCAUGACCGCUCCCCGCCUCGAUUCUCUCCCGGCCUCACCGCCUCCUUUUACGGCGGUUUGCCGGUUUUGGUGCGGGAAAGACGUGGCUCUUCCGCGGGCGUUAAUUAGCUAGUAGCCAUAUAUAAUAGGAAAAAGUGUCAAAUAGGCCACUGAACUUGUUACUUUUGUGUAAUUGGGCCAUUGAACUUAAAAAGUGUGCAAUUCAACCAUCAAACAAGCAAAAU